GCUUUCUCUCUCAACUGAACUGCAUUUGCAUCUUUUCGGCCAAUUAUUCUCAUCCAGUAUGGCAUUGCAAGGUGUAGAGCAGACCAUCCUUCGGGAUCCAGCUCUAUUCUACUGGAUUUUGAUCCCGAUUACUAUUGUCAUGAUCUUGACUGGUAUGCUACGCCAUUAUGCCACAGUUUUGAUGAGUUCCCCCCCGAAACCCGCCUCAACGCUGGCCGAAUCUCGCGAACGCCUUGCCCUCCUCCGUGGCGUUAACCUUCGUAACCACGCCGCCGCCGUCCUUCCGAAGGAAUCAUUCGAGAUGCGAAAGAGUUACCUUGUCACUGGGUUCCAAAACGGCACUUUUCUCAAGGAUCCCGCCAACAAAGGACAGCCACCGGCUAAUCCCAUGACGGAUCCCGCGGGCAUGGAGGCCAUGAUGGGAAUGAUGAAGGGCAAUAUGAUGAUGAUGAUCCCGCAGACUCUGAUCAUGAGCUGGAUCAAUGCGUUCUUCUCGGGAUUUGUUAUCUUGAAACUCCCAUUCCCUCUCACUAUUCGCUUCAAGUCGAUGCUUCAGUCUGGCGUUAUGACCCGGGACUUGGACGUGAGAUGGGUGUCGAGUCUUUCGUGGUACUUCCUGAACCUGUUUGGUCUGCAAUCUGUUUUCGGCUUUAUUCUGGGUAGUGAUAAUGCGGCUAACCACAUGGCGCAACAAAUGGGCUCUAUUAAUCCUGCUGCUGGCGCCAACCCCUUCCAGCCUGGACAAGACCCGCAUAAAAUGUACUUGAACGAAGCAGAGAACUUGGAAGUCAUGGAGCAUUUCUGCAUCCUUGAUGGUGUCGAGGAGAGAGUUCUGCGCAAGUACGGUUCGGCCUAGUAGGGAGGAUAGUUGGCCGAUGUAUUCCUUUUCACUGUUCUCCUGUUUUAUAUUUCUAAGAAUAUGGGAAAGUACGAUUAUAACAGAUACAAAUGACGAAUAGAAUAAUGGAAGUGUACCGGAUCGAAUCUUGUGUAUAAAUGUAGCGCAGCUCAGUUUGUAUCUGAAUUCAGCACAGUUAGAAGUAGUGAAGAAGCAUAACAUCAUAACUCAUCAAAUGAAGAAUCUAACGAUAGUUGAUUACACCGUUUAGGAUCCAUACUUCACCGUUCGAAACCUGCUCGGCGAUACUCUCAACCUCUACGCCGCUUGGCUCAAUGUAGAUUUUAUCUCCAUCCUUUCUCCAUCUCAACUUAUCUCCUCCAAUCGU